AUGAGGAGAGCAUUACUUGAACGCCCAGUUAGUGGAACCACCGCCUCAGUAAACCGAAUAGAUUAUUCUUCCAUAACAAUCAAAGUAAAGAACAUUGACGGUAUUAGUACGUACCAUAACAUUGAGUUCGAAGACACAGGCAUAAGGGUGUGGAAAGCUUUUGGAAUUGGUGAAGGUAGAUAUUUUGAUAAAUCCACAACUGAGUACCAAUAUUCAACAAGAAGAAGACUUUUCCAAGAAAGAAAGUAGGCUAUGCAGUUAGGCCAGAUGAGCGUCGUAAUACUGAGGAUGGGCUGUUUGAAUGUAGUGUCGUGGGAUGUGGGAAGGUUUUCCGACGUUUUGAAGAUCUUGAACUUCAUUUAGACGUAGGGAAGCAUGGAAACACAGUCCAAAGUGAAUCAUUGUAUGACCAGUUGAGAAGGGAUUGGGCAGAAAAAUUUCUGACUAUUGACUGCAGAAAGAAAAGCAAGAACGCUGGUGUUGUCGAGUCAAUGGGUGCAGUUUCGUCAGACCAAAAUGCAUGUGAGAACAGAAUGGUUUGGGCACUGAGUAAGUCCAGAGCUGGGAGCAUACGUUUUAGCCAAAAUGUGAGAGACUACCUGACAGAAAGAUUUGAUUUAGGUGAAAUUACAGGGAUGAAGAGCAAUCCGUCAGAUGUGGAGAAUGAUAUGCGAAGUGCAAGAAAUGAGAGGAUGGCCGGAACGAAAAGCGUUUCACUCGAGACGAGUGGCUGA